CAUUGUCAUCUGUCAAAAAUCUAAACGAUUUCGUGUGCUGAUUUUAGACGACUUAUUCCAUUAAGAAAAUAAUUUUCCAUUGCAUAGUAACAUGCCGUCAACCCUUGUUGAAUUACGUCCCAAUCGGCGACUACUAGACCACGAAUUCGAAGGUUAUAAACUAAACUUGCAUUCGUUACCUCAUUACUCUUUAGAACUCCCGGCACCUGUUGACAAAGUUUAUCCAGACGAAGUGCAGUAUUCAUUUGUCCAUGCCAAGCUCUUUGCGUUACACAACCACCUGGUACUAGACUACUGGGACCAUUCUUACAACUAUUACUACAUAGAUAACAAACAACAAAUCCGGCUUGUCACUUUUGAAAACACCAAUCAAACAUUCCAACAUAAUGUGGUUUAUGACAUCCCGGCUCACGUGGGGAGAAAAUCUGGUCAUUUCAAUUUGUGUCUUGCGUUUCCUUCAAGCACUUUGGCGAUAGUUAGUGAUGGUACUGGAUACUUACAUAUAGUUGAAACCGGGCCGCGCAACCGGCCUACAUGCAGAAACCAAACGUGGCAGACAAUACAGUCCAGUUUAUUGCUGGGUGAUAGUAAAUAUUUUAUUAUAGUUGACACUAGAAUUCAACAGAAAGAUAAUGUAGAAACAUUACAUUGUCUACUGCAGUCAGUAGAACAGAAUGAGAAGCAGUUUGAUUCUGUCCUCACGUGGGUCACAUUUGAUUUUGAUGGACAGUCUUGGAAACAAAUGAGUUUUAGACAAUUACAAGGCAAAGGCAUAGUGCAUUAUGCAGCUAUAGAAAACAGUUUCAAUUCAAUAUAUAUAGCAUCUGAUAACACAUUUAAAUUCACAUUGGACUCUGAAAAGGAAAUCAAAGAACCAGCAAAUGUGGAGUCAAAAAAAAUUAUAUACACAUGGCUACAAACUACAGAAGACGUCACAAUAACAUUGAAAUUAGGAGAGAACUUUGAUAAGAAGAGUUUAUUAGUAGAUAUUACACCUUCAUCAAUUAAAGUUAGUUAUGCCGACAAGGUAUUCCUUGAUGGAAAAUUAAGGAACAAAGUAGACAGUACAUUAACUACUUGGAAUGUACAAGACAAUGGCCAAGUAGACAUAUUGGUGACAAAAUCUGAUAGUAUGCUAUGGGACGAGUUGGUUGAGGGAGGAGACAAUAAUGGAGAGCAGAUCUUGGAUGCAAGCUUGGUAGAAGAAGCACACAGACGUCUGGCUCACUUAUGUUCAGAGACUGAAAUGGAACCAGAUAAAACUGUGCCUGGACUGAACACACUAGAACUGGAGGAGUGUGAUGCUUCUGAGGAGGACACUGUAUUGGUUCGUAUUGAUGUCUUAACACACCAAAUCACACACAGAAUCCCUCUCAGUGUACACCAGUACCUUUUCAACAUAAAUUUGGAAACACAGGAGGUACCAGCCCUGGUCCUGCGUCAUGAUGUAGAUGCUUGCAUAUGGCAACCCUAUGCCCAACUAAUAAACUCAGACACUUGGCCCAUGAAACAUCAGGGAACUUUAAUGGCUUUCGGAUAUGUACAGUCAUCAAAGCAGAACAGGAAAUUUGUCACAUGCCCACCAAACUUUACAUAUAGUGUGGUAUGUGAGUCUUCAAGACAUAUAUUUAUUUACCAAAGUGCUACCGACCAAGAUUGCCAACUGAGGAAGCGUACAGCAGGUGUCAUGAAGCCCAUAAAGGUUGGCCAGCAACAUGUCUUCAAUAUAGACAAAUAUGGAGAAGUGCUUGGAAUUAAUGCCACGAACGAUUUCUUGUUUGUCUUGACUGAGACCCAGCUCCUUGCUAUACAGGUGCAAUAAAGUUAAAGGAUAUAUAU